AUGGUUCUUAAAACUUUUCAAUUGGAUCAAAUACCAACAAUCAAAGCAAAACCAUUGACUCCAGAUGCAUUUGAGAAAUAUGGAGGAGUGAUAAGUGCAGAUCAUCAAUUAAAAUCAAAUUCAAAAUCAAAUGCAAAUUAUGGAACAGCAAUAAAAUUACAUAAAGUAUCACCAAUAUUAAACAAUUAUUCAGAGUCUAAAAGUGGUGUAAAAGAAACAGCAAAUUGGAAUAUAUUCAGAUGUACAGCACCAAACCGAUUAAUAACACAUACAAAUUCAAAAUCAACAUAUAAAUCGACGGUACUUGAACGUCAUCCAUUUACAACUCAGACGUUCUUACCAUUAGGUCAAGACAAAGGAAAAUUAAGCUAUUUGGUCAUUGUUGCAAAUAGUAAUAUAGACGAUACAUUACCUAAUUUAAAUCAAAUUGAAGCUUUUAUAUGUAAGGGAAAUCAAUCUAUAACUUAUUCACCUGGUGUUUGGCAUGCUCCAAUGGUUGUAAUUGAUGAAUCUAUUGGUUAUUUAGAUUUUGCUGUAUUGAUUCAUGAAAAUGGUGUUGCUGAAGAAGAUUGUCAAGAAUGUUAUAUUAAGCCGGGAUUGAAUAUAGAAUAUACAUUAAGUAAUUCAAAACUAUAG